UGAAACAUCCUUCAACGCUUUGUCUUGUGAAUACAUGUAGCUAGGUUAGCUAAGGAAGCCGGCUGAAGCUUUAAUAUCUUCGCUAGUUUUCUCAUUUUUGAUAACAAACACUUGCGCCCGUAACCAGGACAAGGUUUUCUGUGACUGUAAAACCACCAAUUAAGAUGGAAGAAAAGCAGUAUGAAUGUGAUUAUCAGAUGCCUCUCGUGGAUGAUUAUUUUCAGCAAUGGUACAGUCAGCAGUUUCAACCACAGCCAGUUCCCCAGUACAGCCAGAUGGUUAAUGCUCUUCAUCACCAACAAGAACCCGAAGAGAAAAGAGUCAUGAAUGAAUUAGCAGUGUAUAAAGAUCAGUAUCCAGCUCAAGUCAGUGAACUUCCUCAGCUGCCCAUCCAACCUACAACUGUUCCAUCAACACCUGAAAAGGGUAAGAAGCGGGGAAGACCACCAAAACAGAAGCCAGGGGAGGAAAUGAAUCAGGCGAAUGCCACAGACACUGUGAAAAAACCCAAAAGAACCCUGGACAGAUUUAAUGGCAUGUCUGUGGAGGAAGUCAUGGCCAGAAAACUGCCAGAUAUCAUCACUUACGACCUGGACAUUCUGAUAAUCGGUAUCAACCCUGGACUUUUGUCAGCAUACAAAGGACGCCACUACCCAAAUCCAGGAAAUCAUUUUUGGAAGUGCCUGUUCUUGUCAGGGCUUACAGAAGAGCAGUUGAACUAUAUGCAUGAUCAGACUCUUCCAGACAGGCAUGGCAUUGGCUUCACUAAUAUGGUUGAGAGGACUACGCCUGGGAGUAAAGACCUCUCAAAUAAAGAAAUUCGAGAAGGAGGCAAACAACUUCUGGAAAAACUACAGAUGUACAGGCCACGAAUUGCAGCUUUUAAUGGGAAAGGUAUUUAUGAAAUAUUCUGUAAAGAAAUCUUUGGAGUGAAGGCCAAGAACCUAGAAUUUGGACUGCAGCCUUACAAAGUUCCGGGCACAGAAACAGUAUGUUACCUGAUGCCAUCCUCCAGUCCUCGUUGUGCACAGUUCCCCCGCGCACAAGACAAAGUUCAUUUUUACAUUAGGCUGAAGGAGCUAAGAGACCAGAUGAAGGGUGUGGUGAAGAACCCGGAGGUUGAAGAGACCCAGUACACAUUCGAUUUGAACAUGGCCAAAGAGGAUGCUAAAAGGAUGGCCAUUAAAGAAGAGCAGCCUGACCCUGGCUAUGAGGAAAGCUCAACUAGUGGGUCACAGCAGGCCUGCAGUUUUUACCCUGCUAAUGAGAGAGAUGCUGCAAAUUCAGAACAUUCCUCGCUUAUGGAUCAAGUUAGGUCAAGCCAAUGGACAGUACAGCCAUUUGAAGACCAGAUCCCAGAUAUUAGAUGCCCGAACACCAAUAGGAUAUCUUGAUGUAAGUGACUGGUUGAAGAGCCUGCCUUAAAGGCUUUUCUAAACUAAAUGGAGGACCAAAGAGAAAAAGGUCUCAUAGUACCUUACUGGUUUUCCAGUUUUUCAUUCAAGGUGAGUGUCUUCAUGUGGAUGAAAACACCUUCUUUCCUGUGACAGACAAGGGUUCAAUUCUUCGGACAUGCAAGGGCACCACACAUUACACCAGUACACAAGUCCUUGACAAAGAUUCUUAGGACAUUUGCCUACUCAAAUGUUAGUCGUUCUGAGAGAGUGUCAGCCAAACGCCACAAACAUAAAUGUCUGUAUAAUGAGUCUUUGUGGAGAAGCAAAGAUUUUAUGUGAGUUGCAUGUUCAUUUUUACUGUGAGAACCGUGUACUGAAACAGUUGUCGUUCAGUAUAAUGUCAGAACUGUUAAGGUAAAUUCUAUAUUUUGUCUUACACUUCAAACAUUUCAUCUCAGGGUUUUAUUAAUUAGUUUGUUCCUAAGGUAUUUACUCUUGAGGUCAUGCAUGACUUCCAUGCAUGAUUUUGUAAACUUUCACAGUACUACUCUAUUUUGAUUUUUUGGUGCUUAUUUAUGAUUUCUACCUCAGUUGAAUGGUAUUACCGUUAUGUGUUUUUUUACUGUUUGCAAUGUGAUUUCAUGUACCUGGAUUCUGUAUAAAAUUGAGUAGAGUACAAAAACUGUUUCUGAAGGGUCACAUCACCACACAGUCGCUUGGUGUUUUUUAAUGUCCAAUAACAUCUCAUACAGUCCUUGCUCAUUUGCUAAAUAAUAGAGCCUGCAGAGAGACAUUAGUACAUGCAUGACUCUAUUCAAGGUUUUCAAUUUGAGAAGUGCUUUGAAAAAUUGUUUGAUUUUGAUUGUGCCACUGAUAUUUUUUGUUUUUUACUCUUUUUUUUACAUUUACAUUAUGAAUGUACAGACUUUUAUAUUUAAUGUGUGAUAACUUAAGCAUUACGGACACUCCAUACAAGAUGAAAAGUUUUUUUUUAAUGCUUCAAAACAAUGUUUUAACAUGAUGAUUUGAUUUGUAAAAACUUUCACAGCUGUGCUGUUAAUAAAUACAUACUGAGAUCAUA